AUGAGCGACCGUCGCGAACGGGACAGGGACAGGGACAGGGACAGGGAUAGGGAUAGGGAUAGGGACAGGGACAGAGACCGGGACCGGGACCGGAAAAGAAUACGCGAGGACCGGGAUUACGACCGCGACCGUGAACAUAGCAAACGUUCUCGUUCUCGAACACCCGACCGGAGCCGAUCCCGCCACACCAGAUCCCGCACACGCUCUCCUGACGACCGCCAUCGCCACCGUCACCGCCACCAACGCUCUCGCUCCCCUUCAUCCCCUCCUCGAAAGCGACACAAGGACGAAACUGUCCUCCAAGAAAGGGACAAGCACAAGGACCGCACUAGGGCAGCGUCGGAGGAUCAGAAAGAAAAGAAGCAUAAGGAGAAUGACGUUGAUGAUGAUAAUGAUGGGAAUACAAUGGACGAAGAUGAGAUUGAGAUGAUGAAGAAAUUGGGGAUUCCUAUGGGCUUCGAUUCAACAAAGGGAAAGCCUGUCCCAGGCAACGACUUGGGGGCUGAAUUUAUCAUCCAGAUGAAAUUGCAGGCCAUGGCUGUUCUUUCAAGAUUUAGUGGUUUCUUGCCCUAUAACGAGUGGGAUAACCAUGAGGCAAUGAUGUAA